AUGGAAUUCACGUGGAUUUCCACUCAUCGGCGUCUACAGACUACCAAGUCAGCCAGACAAGAACCAAGAGAAGAAGAAGAAGAAGAAGAGAAGAAGAAGAAGAGAGAAGAAAAGAAGAAGAAGAGAAGAAGAGAAGAAAGCAGACACGACGAUGCAGAGACUGCUAGCCUACCCGAUGAAAUUAGCUAUGCCAAUGGAUGGACUAAUGCCCAAAACUUUUGCAAGGAACAAGGCGGAUCUCUGGCUUCUAUCAAGGAAAUUUGCCCUCCAGAUGGAACCACCAAUGGGAGGCCUCUCUUUGGAAUGCAGGGUGGAGAUCAGUGGGCUCCCAUUUCCGAUGGCGAAAAUCAGUGGGUUAAUGUGGGAAGUGGGGGUCAGCAGACCUGUCUUAAAAUUGACAUGACAGGAGCAGACCCACCUCUUUUCAAGAUACAACAUCGCAAUGGAGGGAGCAACUAUGUCAUUUGUAAUAAUUGGUACAAGCUUGGGGCCACCCAGGUCAGGGAUAUUGGCGCUGCUGAAGAUGGCACCAUCUGGGCGAUUGGAACUCAUGAUUAUGGCAAUGGCUGUUACAGCAUCCAUCGCAACACAGGUGGAGAUGCUUGGGAUCACAUUGCUGGAUGUUCGCACAGAGUUUCGGUUGGGAGCAGCACGAACGUUGUGGUUCUCAAUCCUACCGGACAAAUCCAUGUUUGGACCUCCAAUGGUUGGGCGUAUAUCAACAGCCCUCCAGCUCGGGAUAUCAGUAUCACCAAGGAUGGAACUAUUUGGAUGACAGAAUUGGUGGCUGGGACUAAUUGGGGAAAUGUCAUGCGUAAACGGACAGGUGAUGCUGGAUUCUCUGUUUUUGGUGGCGCUGGUGAUCGCAUUUCCGGUACAAGUGAUGACAGAGUUUCCCUUUGUACCUCUACCGGUCUUUGGCAACGUGCUGGAUCCACCUGGUAUAAAUCAGGAGAGUGCAGUAAUGGUGAUGUUUCCAUGGCUGCUGACGGAACCAUCUGGACAACGGGAGUGCCCCAUGGCCAUGCAAAUCCCGAACUGAUCCGCAAAUCCACGAGAAUGUUGUCCCUUUCCACCAAGUGGGCGAGUCCAAUUCCUGGUCAAACUGGCACGAACGUUGCAGCUGUCAGUGCCAACAAGGUCUACCUGGUGGAUGCUGAGUUUAAUCUUUGGAGGUAUGAGAUUCCUGCCAAGAGAGAAGCAACCGGGAUCACUCGGGUAUUUGGUCCACCUGAUACCAGUGAUGUCAAGAGCUAUGAUCAAGCACAAGAAUUCUGUGAAUCACAGGGAGGAUCUCUUGCUUCUUUGGCUGAUAUCUGCCCCUUGGAUGGUUCUGCACAACCCUACUUUGGAAUCCAGUCCGGAGAUCACUGGGCUCCAGCUUCUGAUUACCACAAUGCAUGGGUCCAGGUGGGCACACAUCCAGGCGAUGCUCCAACCUGUUCUUUCAUACGUGAUGAAAUCCAUGACCCUGCUUGGGGUCUUGACGGGACUGUGAAGCAAAGUUACGAGUCCAACUACAUUAUUUGCAACAUGAGGACCGCCAUCUAUGGGCCCAGUUACACCACCAAUAUCAAGUCUUAUGACCAAGCGGAUGCCUUCUGCAAGACUAAAGGAGGAACUCUUGCUUCCAGAUCAGACAUCUGUCCUUUUGACUCUACCGUGCCCUAUUUUGGUUCUCAGGGGGCUGGUUUUGAGUAUACUCCCGUUGCCGAUUAUGUCAAUGCCUGGGUCCAGUUGGGAGUUCAUUCAAUUGCUUCGUCGUGCAGUUACCACCGGGACAUUUAUGGAGAUCCCGGGUGGGGGGUUGAUGGAAAUCACAAGCAACCCUUUGAGGCCAAUUUUGUCAUCUGUGCCUCAAAAAGAGUCUUGUUUGGCAAAAGCAAGGAACUUGCGGUCAACACCUAUGACAAAGCUCAAGCUUUCUGCAAGGCAAAAGGAGGUUCUCUUGCGUCCAGCGCUGACAUCUGCCCCUCAGGCGCACACACCCUACCAUAUUUUAGAAUCCAGCAGGGGAAUCAGUGGACCCCUGUCUCUGAGCACCACAAUGCAUGGAUCCAAGUGGGGACUAAUCCUUGGGGCAAACCAACUUGUCAAAUUCAUUCGAAUCAUCCGGGUCCUCUUUGGGGUUUGACUGGAUCAUGGGAGCUUGCUUCGAACUACCUUGUCUGCUCCAGUCGUUGGCGCAAGUUCAAUGGGUUGAAAGCUCGAGAUGUUGGUGCUGCAGAUGAUGGAACCAUCUGGGUGAUUGGACCAGGUGACCUCGGCGGUGGUUGUCAUGCCAUCUAUCGUCACACAGGCUCAGAUUCCUGGCAACACAUUAACGGAUGUGCCUACAGAAUUUCAGUGGGCAGCAAAGACCACAUCCUAGUACUGCAGAAAGGAGGAAACAUUUAUAAGUGGACUGGUACUGCUUGGGUGCGUGUACAAAGCCCUCCAGCUCGCGAUAUCAGUAUCACCCAGGAUGGAACCAUUUGGAUGACAGAAUUGGUGGCUGGGAGAGAUUAUGGUGAUGUCUGGCGCAAGCGUCCCACCGAUAGUGCUUUUGUGAGGUUUGGCGGAGGUGGAGACCGCAUUUCUGGUUCCAGUAAUGGCAGGGCCACCAUCUGUAAUACAUUGCCAUCUUUAGGUUCAGAUGUGCUGUGGGUUCAUGGUGGUUCCCACUGGUAUGGAAAUGGUCCCUGCAGCAAUGGCGAUGUCUCCAUGACCAAUAAUGGAAUCAUCUGGACAACAGGGGUCCCCACCCAGGGAAACCCUGGACUGGCCCGAAGGUCCACCUCUACAACAACCCACGCUACCACAUGGGACACCCCAGCACAGGACAGGUCUGGUAAAGACAUUGCUGCGGUGAACGCAAACAAGUUUCUACUGGUGGAUUCAAGCUAUAAUCUUUGGCAAUAUAAGAUACCCUUCUCUGAUGUUGACUUCAUUCAUCCUACAUCUCCAACAGCCAAUCCAACACAAACACCAACUCCUGCACCUACUGUUUCUCCUGCCCCUUCUUCUUCCCCAUCCUUCACACCUAGUGGUUCGCCAUCGUCAUCGCCAUCAUCUUUGCCUAGUGGGUUGCCGUCCAUUUCUCCCUCUGAUAGACCGUCCCAAGUCCCAAGUUUGAGUUCUGUUCCCAGUUCACAACCAAGCUCUUAUCCAUCUACUCCACCCUCAUCCAGCCCAUCGUUGGCUCCCGCUGGUGUUCCCUGUGAGUAUCAAACGAUUGCUCCAACCUAUGCCGCAUUUGCUUCCACUGCUGCAGUGGAGCAACGGUGGCAACUAAAGUGGGGGGACAUUAAAAUGUUUGGACCUAAUGAAAUGAAGGUGCUGGAUGGCGGGUGGAAAUCUGCAGAAGAGUUCUGUAUUUCUCAUGGAGGAAUUUUGGCCUUUUCAACACAGAUUUGCCCGGAUGGGACUGAGCCUGUCAAUGGGAUUCAAUCGACAGAAGGCGAUCAAUGGGCUCCUCAUGGAGGCGCAGAACAACAAUGGGUGAAUGUUGGAGUUGGGGAUCAGUACCCCACCUGUACGAAACAUGGUUGGACCACUGGCCAUGGUCAUGAUUCGGGCUGGGGGAACUAUGUGUAUUGCGCCCAAAGCAAUUGGUACAAGUUCAGUGGUAUCAAGGUUAAUUCUGUGGAGCAGACGAUUCGAGACGUUGAUGCCGCAGAUGAUGGUUCUAUUUGGGUGAUAUCAAACUACGAAGUGAUGCCUGACUGUUUCAGUAUCCAUCGCUAUGUUGGAAGCAAAACGUGGGAAGAAGUCAGAGGAUGCGCCAAUGGCAUUUCAGUUGGCAGCCACACAAACAUCAUUGUGACCACCACUGAUGGGGAGAUUCACCAAUGGACCGGGCAUGGCUGGACAUUGAUCAAUAGCCCUGCUGCCAGAGAUGCAAGUAUAACCAAGGAUGGCACUAUUUUUCUGACAGAAUUGGUGUCUGGACAGGCCUUUGGUGAUGUCUACCGCAAGGCUCCCACGGAUGACGAGUUUGUGUUGUUUGGAGGCAGCGGUGAUCGCAUUGCUGCUUCAGGACCUGGCAGGGUUGCCCUCUGCAACUCACAUGACAACAAACUCUGGAGCUAUGGUGGUUCUCAUUGGUACCAAACAGGAACCUGUGACAAUGGGGAUAUUAGUGUUGCUGCUGAUGGUACCAUCUGGACAACAUCAGUUGCAAGCAGCCUGGCAAGGUCUGGUGGAGUUCCCGGUAGAUUUCCCCGUAGAUCAAUUUCCAUGAGUGCCUCAGCUACAACUUGGGACAAACCUGUGAUGGGCAUGCUCGACAAGACUGGUACCAUAAUUUCUUCUGGCAAGAUUGGUACCACAAUUGCUGCUGUACAUGCGGACAUGUUUGUGAUGGUUGAUUCCAUUGGGACUCUCUGGCAGUACAAGGUCCCAAUUGUCAAAAGUCAAGCUGCGAAUUCACCCUUGUUUGGACCCACGGAAACAGUCGAUGUCAAAACUUAUGAGCACGCAAAAGAAUUCUGCCAGUCUAAAGGAGGAUCCCUUUCCUCCAGCACAGACAUCUGUCCUGCCAUUGAUAACUGGAGCAAGCACAGUAUCAAGGCUCGAGAUGUUGGCGCCGCAGAUGAUGGAACCAUCUGGGUGAUUGGAACACAUGACCAUGGAAAUUGUUGCUAUUCCAUCCACCGUCACACUGAAGGAGAUUCAUGGGAGGAAAUAGGUGGCUGUUCCCACAAGAUUUCUGUUGGGAGCAGCACGAAAAUUGUGGUUUUGAACAAGAGCGGACAAAUACAUAAAUGGACCUCCAAUGGUUGGGUUUUGCUCACCAGUCCUCCGGCUUGGGAUGUCAGUAUUACCAAGGAUGGAACCAUCUGGAUGGUAGAAUUGGCGGCGGCUGGACAGGACUAUGGCCCUGUCUACCACAAGCGUACAUCAGAUACCAGUUUUGUGAAAUUUGGCGGUGGAGGACAGCGCAUUUCCGGUUUCAAUUCAGGCAAGGCUGUAGUUUGCAAUACAUUGGCGGGCAAUCAUCUCUGGAGCCAUGGUGGUUCCCACUGGUAUCAUACAGGAACUUGUGAUCAAGGAGACAUCAGCGUUGCUGCUGAUGGUACCGUCUGGACAACUGGGGUUGGAACUGGCCAAACUCGUCCUGGUUUGCCUCGAAGAUCAACUGUUUUUACAGCCCAUACAACUACCUGGAAUCCUCCUAUCCAAGGCCACUCUGGUGUGAUCAUUGAGAACGGUGGGAACAUUGCUGCUGUGAGUGCCAGAGAGUUCCUUCUUAUUGAUUCCGACCUCAACCUCUGGCAUUAUGAGGCAGACAAGCCCUACUUUGGUAUUAAGCCUGGUGAUCAGUGGAUUCCAGCUGCUGACUACGAAAAUGCAUGGAUUCAGGUGGGAACCCAUCCCGGGGGAGCGCCAACAUGUUCGUUCCAUCGAGAUACACACAAUGGAACUGAUCCUGAUUGGGGGAUCAGGGAUGACAAGAAGAGCUGGGAAUCCAACUACAUUUUGUGCAAGAUGGACAAGUUUAUUUUUUGGCCAGAAGAUACCUCUAAGGUGAUUGAUUAUGAUGAUGCCAAACAUUUCUGUGAUUUGAAGGGUGGGAUCCUAGCCUCUUUUGACGAAAUCUGCCCACUUCCUCUUGUGAAAAGACCAUACUUUGGUGCUGCUGGUGGCGUCCACUGGACUCCAUUUGGGGACUACCGCAAUGGCUGGGUUGAAGUUGGUGGUGAUGCUGUGGCUGAUAUGUGUUCCAGACACAGAACAACGUAUGGUGACCCUCGAAUCGGAUUAGGACCAAUGUGGGGAGCAGAAGAUGACAAGUUGGAAGGAGAAGCAGACUAUGUCAUUUGCAAGAUGGAGGGUGUCUACGUGUAUGGACCCAAUGUGACUGCUGAUGUCAAGUUGUAUGCACAAGCCAAGACAUUUUGCGCUGAUAGGCAACUCCAACUGGCUUCCAGCUCUGAUGUCUGCCCCCCUGAUGGAUCAAACAAGCCCUAUUUUGACAUCCAAAUAGGAAACCAGUGGACGCCUGUCUCAGACUAUGACAAUGGGUGGGUCCAGGUGGGAACUCAUCCAGGCGAUGCCAAAACUUGCGGUUUCCACAGAGAUGCACUCAAUGGAGUUGAUCCGGAUUGGGGCACCAGUGAUGACAAGCAAGGUUGGGAAUCCAACUACAUUGUCUGUACCUCUUGGUUUCACAAACACAGAGAGGCAACAAGUACAGACAUUACUGUGGCCAAGGCUGUGUUUGAGCGACGCGAAAAGAUCAACAAACUUUUCACCAUUCCAGAUCAUCACUUGCAUGGAAAAAUAAGCCAAAGCAUUGCUCGGUACAAGUAUCCUGACGGCAAACGAAGGAACUUGUGUGCCUACUCGGAAGAUGGUUACAACUUUCCCUACAAACUGGCAUACUACAAGAUCAGCCCAGAGGAAGGUUCUCUUGAGGUCAAGUACAGCACCAAUCUUGAGGAAAUGUAUUCUACUGAUGACCUUCGAGUCAUGAGACCGUUGACUGGAAAUGGAUACUUCUCUAUUGGUGACAUCGUAUGGGAUGGAAAAGUGAACACAACAGAAAAUGGCACAGCUGUUUUGGUCCAUCAUAAAAAGGCCCUACUAGUAAAAGGAAGUGGGUCUGCUUUGAAGAAACCCCUCUACUAUCAGAACAUCUUCAACGCAUCAGUUGAAUCCGCACAAGAGACAGAGGGAGGAGAACUGAACGGUGGUGGUACAAGUGAAACAAACACAGAUUUGGUCUCAAAUGGAACAGACGCAGUAGCAAUCAAUGAGCCGACCUUGUGGCAUGAGUACAAUGGGGUGACAGUUCGAGAUGUUGGUGCUGCAUAUGAUGGCACAAUCUGGGUUAUUUCGAACUACUCCGUAAUGAAUGGUUGUUACUCCAUCCACCGCAAACUAGAAGGAGACACCUGGGAGGAAGUCAGAGGGUGUGCCUCUGGCAUCUCAGUUGGGAGCAGCACGAACGUCAUUAUUAUAACGGCAGAGGGCGAAAUUUUUCAGUGGAGUGGCCAAGGCUGGGAAUUGAUCCCAAGCCCCGCUGCACGAGAUGCAGCCAUCACUAAGGAUGGAACAUUUUUUUUGACAGAAUUGAAAGAUGGAACAGAUUCUGGCUACCUUUGGCGGAAGCGUUCAUUUGAUGGUUCUUUUGAGCUCCAUGCAGGUUUUGCACUUGGAGACCGGAUUGGGGCUUCAGGGCCGGACAAGGUGGCCACCUGUAGUUCCUUGCCAGAUACAGGUUUGGAUUUGAUUUUUGCUCAUGGAGGUGCCGACUGGUAUAUCAUUGGAACCUGUGAUAAUGGCGAUAUCAGUAUCGCUGCUGAUGGAACCAUCUGGACAACAGGAGUGGGAGAUGCCCAAAAAGGUCAAGAAAGUGCUGGAUUGGCCCGCAGGUCUACCAUGUCAACAGCCAUUGCAACCACAUGGGCUGAUCCCAUUCAAGGACAUUCGGGUGUAAAGAUUGCUGCCAUGAGUGCAGUCGAGUUUGCGCUGAUUGAUUCUGACAACAAGUUAUGGCGGUAUGAGAAUCCAGGUCUACGAAUUCCCAAGACGGGUAAUACUCAAGUAUUUGGGCAACGAGAAACUGGUGCAGUCAACAACUAUGACCAAGCACAAAAGUUUUGUGAGAUGAAGGGAGGAACACUUGCUUCCAGUUCUGACAUUUGCCCCUCUGGAAGGUAA